UGUGUGGCACCCCAUAACUUACACAAUAAUACCGGUGUUCACAACUCUUCAAAAUAGAUCAGAUUAUGAUGCCGGGAAGUCAUUCUCAGUUUCAGAUAAUAAAAGCAAGUCAUUACAUUGGCAUGGAAAAAGUCAAGUGCUGCAAAUAUUCUGAAAGACUAGCUCGUGCAAAGGAGCAUAUCAGAUAAGAGAAACAGUUUUUGUGCGAUGAACCACCGACUCGUUUUACUGUUCGCAUUUCUGGGCGGUGUGCUCAGCUCUCCUACCGGAGAAGUUCAGGGAGACUUGAGCGAAGACGUCUCGUUCCUUUUUCCGAGUUCGCGUAUUGCAGGGGAUUCUCGAUUGACCGGUCUCCAGUUCAAUGUGACGACACCUGUACCUGAUGCUGCUCCUGGCCAUAAUACGCCUUGUGAGGAUUACCACAAACUCAAUUCUUCAGCGGAGAAAUGUGACUUCAUCCGGACAGCUGAUGAUUGUCAGAACUCAGAUGGUUUUAUCAACUACCUCAAGGUGAUCUACUGCUCCUUCCCAAAUGUACGACCUCUUGGAUUUGUUUGCCUGGGGCUCUGGUUGAUCUAUCUCUUGAUUACCCUAGGAGUAACUGCAGAAGACUUCUUUUGUCCUAAUCUGGAUGUGAUGGCUAGGACACUGAAACUGAGUCAAAACAUCGCAGGAGUGACACUGUUAGCAUUUGGCAAUGGAGCACCAGAUAUCUUUAGUGCCAUAGCAGCAAUCACAAACUCAAGAAAUGGAGAGGCAGGCCUUGCAAUCGGAGCUUUAUUUGGAGCUGGUAUAUUUGUGACGACGGUGGUGGCUGGAUCCAUUGCCAUGUCUAGACCAUUUAAGAUGGUUGAGCGUCCUUUCUUAAGGGAUGCUAUCUUCUACCUGGUAGCAGCCUUCUGGACCUUCUAUAUCCUCUAUAAAGGCAGCAUUGUAUUCCUGGAAGCCGUAGGUUACAUAAUGCUGUAUCUCUUGUAUGUGAGUGUGGUGAUCGUGGGACGCAGAAUAUACCAACAUCAGAAACGUAGAAGACAGGAGCAGGAACAAGCUGUAGAAACAUACACUCCUGAAACUCAGGAACGUAUCCAAGCACCAGGAGGUAUGGUAUCAGAAAGAAUGAAAAGAGAUUUUCCUACCACUGCUCUUCAUCCAAGCAUCAAUUCUUCACUUCACUUCCCUAGUCUCGGUACAAGCAUAAAUUCCACCCAUGUUGUACCUAGUAUUAACAGUCACCUCGACGAUGUAGUUCCCGUCAAUGGUGCUAUUCUCAGGAGAGUUGAUAGUGCCAUUGUAAUUCUUAUUAUCGGUGAAUUCCUACUUUCAUGCAUGACAGGCGACCUUUCUGCCACGGAGAGGUUAGCUGUGGCUAGUAUACUAGGAGUAGACGGAGACGUUGUUCGUAGCAUCACACCUCUACCUCAUCAUACCAGUGACCAUGAUAGUAAUGAUUAUGAGUCUCAACCCCUCGUGAGAAGUGAAGCCCCUCCCCCUGGUCAAGUGAAGGAAUUCUUUAUUGGUCUUUGUCCUGUCGAUCUGAAGGAAUGGAAGGAGCUUGCCUGCUAUUUAAAGAUAUGGGAGCUAAUAAAGUGCCCCAUGCUAUUAUGUUUAAAAGCGACGGUUCCAGUGGUGGACUACAACGAACCAAAGCAUAACUGGAAUAGAUUAUUAAACACUCUUAAUCUUUUCUUAGCACCAGUAUUCUGUGCGUUUGUUACCAAAGGUUUAACCCAAACUAUAACUGGUGGUUUUGUGGUAUGGUACCUUGUUCUGCCUAUAUCAUUCUUGUUAGCCGCUGCAGUAUUCUUGACAUCUAAACCAAAGAAACAGCCAGUCUAUCACGCAGUAUUUUCAUAUGUAGGUUUCGUUGUAGCUGUGCUAUGGAUUUAUUCUACUGCAAAUGAAAUUGUCAACAUUCUACAGAUGUUUGGUGUGGAAUUCUUCAUCAAUGAUGCUAUCCUUGGUCUUACGGUCCUAGCUUGGGGAAACAGCAUUGGAGAUCUAGUAGCUGAUGUUGCAAUGGCCAGGCAAGGAUUCCCCACAAUGGGCAUGUCAGCUUGCUUUGGAGGACCUAUGUUCAAUAUGCUGCUAGGUAUUGGUAUAUCAUGUACCAUUGUCACAGUCCGAGAUGGGGGGACAUUUGUGCUCCACACAGACCAUGUCCAGUUAGUUCUUGCCCUGGGUUUAGCGGUGAGUCUUCUAUCGUCCAUGUUCAUCAUGGUGAUCACCAGGUUCCAAGCUGCGAGGUUUUAUGGUAUCUAUCUCUAUAUCCUCUAUGGAGUAAUACUGGUUGUAGCUCUAUUAAUAGAGCUUCAAGUGAUACCAUGGUGAUGACCAGGUUUCAAGCUGCGAGGUUUUAUAGUUUCUAUCUUUUUAUCCUCUAUGUUACAAUUUAUGUUGAAGCUCUAUUAAAGGGACUUGGUAACAUUGUUCAGAUGAGAGAAAAUGGUGCUUAGGUAGUGACUACGUUGCUUGAUGUACAAUUAAAGAUAGUCUGAAAGUUUGAGUGAAAACAGACCAUUAUUGAUUUUUUUUUUGAAAAACUGAAGUUAUCAAUUCUUUAAUUCUCCUAACUAUAUUAUUGCAAUUUAAUUACAUUUUAUGUGAAUGUAAAUCGUCACAAA